AUGAGCUUCGGCUCCGAGCACUACCUGUGCUCCACCUCCUCCUACCGCAAGGUGUUCGGGGACGGCUCUCGCCUGUCCGCGCGCCUCUCCGGGGCUGGUGGCGCAGGCAGCUUCCGCUCGCAGUCGCUGUCCCGCUGCAAUGUGCCCUCCUCGGCCGCCUGCUCCUCGGCCUCGUCGCUCGGCCUGGGCCUGGCCUACCGCCGGCCGCCAGCGUCCGACGGGCUGGACCUGAGCCAGGCGGCGGCGCGCACCAACGAGUACAAGAUCAUCCGCACCAACGAGAAGGAGCAGCUGCAGGGCCUCAACGACCGCUUCGCCGUGUUCAUCGAAAAGGUGCACCAGCUGGAGACGCAGAACCGCGCGCUCGAGGCCGAGCUGGCCGCGCUGCGGCAGCGCCACGCCGAGCCCUCGCGCGUCGGCGAGCUCUUCCAGCGCGAGCUGCGCGACCUGCGCGCGCAGCUGGAGGAGGCGAGCUCGGCGCGCGCUCAGGCCCUGCUGGAGCGCGACGGGCUGGCCGAGGAGGUGCAGCGGCUGCGGGCGCGUUGCGAAGAGGAGAGCCGCGGGCGCGAAGGCGCCGAGCGCGCCCUGAAGGCGCAGCAGCGCGACGUGGACGGCGCCACACUGGCCCGCCUGGACCUGGAGAAGAAGGUGGAGUCGCUGCUGGACGAACUGGCUUUCGUGCGCCAGGUGCACGACGAGGAGGUGGCUGAGCUGCUGGCCACGCUGCAGGCGUCGUCGCAGGCCGCCGCCGAGGUGGACGUGGCUGUGGCUAAGCCAGACCUGAGCUCGGCGCUGAGGGAGAUCCGCGCCCAGUAUGAGUCCCUGGCCGCUAAGAACCUGCAGUCAGCCGAGGAAUGGUACAAGUCCAAGUUCGCCAACCUGAACGAGCAGGCAGCGCGCAGCACCGAGGCCAUCCGGGCCAGCCGCGAGGAGAUCCACGAGUACCGGCGCCAGCUGCAGGCACGCACCAUCGAGAUUGAGGGCCUGCGUGGGGCCAAUGAGUCCUUGGAGAGGCAGAUCCUGGAGCUGGAGGAGCGGCACAAUGCUGAGGUGGCCGGCUACCAGGAUAGCAUUGGGCAGCUGGAGAAUGAUCUGAGGAACACCAAGAGUGAGAUGGCACGCCACCUUCGGGAAUACCAGGACUUGCUCAAUGUCAAAAUGGCUCUUGACAUUGAGAUAGCAGCUUACAGGAAACUUCUGGAAGGCGAAGAGACACGUUUUAGCACCAGUGGAUUAAGCAUUUCAGGGCUGAAUCCAUUUCCCAAUCCUAGUUAUCUGCUCCCAUCCAGAAUCCUUAGUUCUACAACCUCCAAAGUCUCAUCCACUGGGCUGUCACUUAAGAGAGAGGAGGAGGAAGAGGAGGAGGAGGAGGCUUCUAAGGUGGUCUCUAAGAAAACCUCCCAGAUAGGGGAAAGUUUUGAAGAAAUAUUGGAGGAGACGGUAGUAUCUACUAAGAAAACUGAGAAAUCAGAUAUAGAAGAAAGCACCAUUUCAAACCAAAAAAUAUAA